ACGUUUUGCAUCGCUUAGAAGUGAUACAGGAAAAUAUUUGCAUUCGUUACAGAUAGCUUUAUGUACCUAACUUACAAAGAGGUGAUAAUAUUAAUGUAAUUCUGAAUUCAUUUAUUGAACAUCGCUUUGUACUCUAUGUGUAGAAAAAUAACUCAAGGCAUAUAAUUUAUUUAAUUGCGCAAGUUAUUGCGCAAUAGCAAACUGCAAUCUUGUAAUGCAUCGAAUGGUGCUACAUCGUCAACUAUGUCCCGACCUCUAGAAUGCUGACUGUCGUCUUUUGAAUAAUAUAACCGAGUUUCGAUAAUAUCCAAUACAUUUCCAUUGGUCUUUAUCUUUGCAAGCUCUUUGUUUUGAUUGAUAACGAAAAGUCGAGAGAACGAGACGAAUGAAUAAUUACAAUUCCAUAAUGUAAACAAUUUAAUUAUGAAAAUGAUUCAACUCCUUUCAUUAUCAUCACUUUUGAAUUUCUGAACAGACAUGGGAAUUUUGUGAAAUCCCUUUGUCAAAUCAAAACGCAUCAGAGAUCUGGUAGAAAAAUCAUAUUUCCUAUUACAAUCCAAUCAUCGCGUUCAACCGAUAUAAAUAGUUAGAACUCAUAGUGUGUUGUUAUAGCUACGCUUACGCUGAGCAGUAGGUAACUAGUUACAUAAUAUAAACACCGACACAUGUCGUCGAUUCGCUUAUAUAACUCGCGCGUGUACGCCGACGUACCGAUAUGCCCGAGACCUUACUAUGGGACCGCGUUCCGAGUAUCGACCUACUUAGAAGUUUCUGCUUAUCUUAUAUUCGCAAUGCCCCAAAACCUAAUUCGCAAACAAAAGAUUUGCUGCCACUGUAGGCACUACAACGACUCUAAAUGUUGUUUUACAGCCGCUUGUUAUUGCACGAUAACAGCAAUGCUUUCAUAGCACGUGUACGCUGUAUUUAAGUCUGACUAAACCGAUAACAUUACCAGUGUUACUAGUACGAACACAGCAGCUGCUAAUUUUUCUUUAUUUGUCGGAGACUGUUGGAAAAACGCCGCUUGGCUUCCAUUCAGAUGCCUCAUUCCGACAAAAUAUAUUCGCCACGUAACGAAUUCUCUAUGAAUAUGCAUAACUCGUUAAUGUCCUUUGUUUUGUUCCGUUUCAGACUCUAAUAUUUCAUUCGUUUCUUGAGUAGUAUCGUCGUUUCUCUCGGGCAAAUGAACAUUGUUGAGCAAAUCGCAAGAUUCGAUCGUGUUUCUUUUGUUCGUUGGUUGAAAAUCCACUAUGUCUGCCAAUUCGGUCGGCCACUGUACCAGGGCCGCAUGAAGUUGUAGGAGGUUGAGUUAACUGUCAGUGGCGGGUGGUGGGGGGCGGGGGGAGUGCACGUGCCGGCGAGCCAUGCCAUGCGUUCGUCGCCCUCCCCUCACUUGUUGAGCGCCGCGCCGUCGCAGCGCAGUCCGACGUUUCCAACUCGCUUCAUAUCGCCCAUUCUCUUAGCUUCCCUCCUCACACACGCUCGAUCUCUUUCUUACAAAUAUCGUGCGUGCGUAGGUUCGCGUCUGUGACUAUCUUAUUGAUUUCACUUAUCACAUCAUUUAUGAUUUUUUUGAUUGGCGAACAUGAAGCUAUCACCCAGUACUUGAAAGGCUUUCGGAUAGUAAACAGCGCGGCGUAAUGUUCCUUACAAUGUUUUUUGACUUUCGGUGUCAGUUUGACGCCUACACCUACACUAUCUCAAACAAUAAGCAUUAACCGAGUCGUUUGAGGUUCCGAGAAACAUUCCACCUCUGACCUAAUUUGUCUUUCUGUCAUUAGCAAACGUAUAUAUUACUUUGGGUGCGCAAACGACAACUCGUUUUCAGUACCGGUCUGAUCUCGCAAAUGCACCGUCUGAGAGCAGAAUUCCAUGUUUUCUAGAUCCUUCGCCAGUUACAAUGAUUAAACAGUGAUUAUAUUACCGGAGAUAAGUAAAUUAAGUGUGAACAAUUUAGUUUGUUAAUAGAAUGGACAGGACGUAGUGAAAUAACAAUGGGGACUUGUAGUUAGCAAAUGUGUUGCCCCGUCAUAGAAUGGGUAUACUUAUGGAAACCACGCAAGUGAAUCUGGGCACUGCCAGUUACCGGAGGCGGCGAACAGAGACGGAAUUGUUCGGCGCGAUGGGCACUCCAGGCGAUUUCUACGCGGACACGCUGCACACCAUCGCUAUCAAUACCAGGGAGACAGAGUUCGGUAGUAUUGUGGAGCCAAUACCGAUCACGCUGAAGGCGUACACACAGUUCCAUGCCCAUGGACACGCGAUCAACGGCUACGGGUACCCGCAGCAGCAAGUGUUGACUUCUCUCGUCGCUGCUCCCCGGGUGACCCCAGUCGAGAAACCCUCCACUUCCACAUUCAUACCGAAUCCUGUAAAGGAAGAAGUUAAAGCGGUCGUCGAGAAAGUCGCGUUCCCUCCUCCGAAGAAAAAAUGGAUUAGAGAAUAUUUAGAGGAGGAGCCGAAGUCGCCUUUGUCGGUGCGGGUGGUGACCGGAUUGCCGGUGCCGGCGGUGCCGGUACGGAGCAACGGCGUGGUGCGGCCGCCGUCGCCGGUACCCCCCUGCCUCCCCGCAGCCCCCGCGGAGCCCCAGCCCGCGCCGGUCGUGGCUGCCCCCGCACCGCUCGACUUCAUACAAGAACAUUCCAGGCCCCGUACAACGAGUAGUAGUCAUGGCCUCCCCCAAAUCCCCUCCCCACCUUCGGUCAGCAGUAACGGCAGUGGAAGCAGCAGUGGCAGCAGCGUCCCCCGAGCAGGCACCAGGGAAGUUCACAACAAACUGGAGAAGAAUAGACGGGCGCACCUCAAGGAGUGCUUCGAACUCCUCAAGAGACACCUCCCGGCCACGCCCGAUGACAAGAAGACGUCAAAUCUAUCGAUACUUGGCUCGGCCAUUAGGUAUAUACAGGUUCUCCGACGUAAAGAGCGCGAGUGCGAGCACGAAAUGGAGCGGCUGGCUCGCGAGAAAAUCGCGUCGCAACAGCGGCUGGCCGCCUUGAAGCGAGAAGUGUCGGUGCGCGCCUCCGUCCGCCCACGGAGUAUCGAUCCUACUGAAGACAAAGAUAGGGAUGAUACAGUUAAUAAUCAAGUCGUAGGAAUUCCCAUAAGUAUUACCUCUUCGCCGCCGCGGUCGGUAGCUCGGAUGGAUGCCUCUCCACCUCACACCCUCAACUUGAGCACGAAGCUGCGGACCUUGCCGAUUCAAAUAACACCAACCACCUCGCAGGUCGUACGGACUUCGUACGGUUCAAGACAUAACACCCUCACCUUAACCACGCUCGCACCGGCCGAUGGGCCGACACAGAACGGGCAGACAGUGGAGAACGGAGUGACGAACGCGCUUAGCACCGCCAUCGUCCACCCCGCGCAAAUACACCUACCUAUAUCACAAGUGAUGGGGAGUGGAGGCUUAGUGGUGGGUCCGGCGGCGUUACAACUUUUGUCAGCGGGUGGCGGCCUCCGAGUGUUGCAGACACAGGCCGUGCACACCAACGGUGAGAUCAUAAUAACCUAGUAGAACAGUGAACAG